GGAAAUAGACUCAAGCACCAGGUUCUGCCAUUCGUGCACCCCUCUCUAUUGUUAAACCAAAAGGAGGCGAAAAACACAAUUUGAAGCGAUUCCCAAUUGUACCACACAAAGUUUUCAGGAAUCAGAAGAAUCGAAUCCAUGUCAUCCUGUUCCAAGGCUAUCCUGGACAAGACACCACCAAGAGUGAUGAACUCUCUCUACCUAAACAAAAAAAGCACCAAGAUGGCUGCUAAGCUUCUUCAGCGCCUCCGUCCUGCUACCCUGAAAGAGCCACAGGGACCUGGCCCACCAGAGGAGCCCCCAGAGAUUGCUGAACUGGUGGACGACACAGAGGGUAUUUCAGUGCGAUUGAGUGGCACCCUCAGUCUUAGUGAGGACAGUCUAGGAUCAGAGGAAAGUGAUGGAACAGAUAAUAAUCUAGUGGAGGAGCUGAAUCAAGGAACUCUUUUGACACAACAGCUGAGGGAAAUGUGGUCAAAUUCUCAACGUCGCACUAAGCCCAUCAAACUGACGUUCGAGGUAACAGAGGCUAAUGUGGUGCGAGAUGUCCAUACCAAAUAUGUGGUGUACACCAUCUUUGUUCUGCAAUCUGGAAAAUUUGACCCUUCUCCGGCCUAUAUCUCUUGCCGCUACUCUGAUCUGGAACGGUUAAAACGUCGCCUGCGCACUCUCUACCCAGAUGAAAUGAGUGACGUGUCUUUUCCACGUAAGCGUCUGCAUAGGAACUUUACAUCAGAAACCAUUGCCAAGCGCAGUCGUGCCUUUGAACAGUUCUUGUGCCAUGUGUCAUCAAUGCCGUCUCUGCGCUGGUCCCCUCAUUUCGUGGGGUUCUUUUAUUUGAAAGAAACUCAGAAGGCUCAACAACUCACUCGCACAGGACUGUAUAAUAUAGCACUUCCACUUUGGACAAAUAUUUGGCGCCUUCAAGACAAGCUUUGUCCUCUAGAGCCCAGUACUCAUCGGCUGCUUGUGUUGGCAGGACUGGUAGCUUGUCACCAAGAGAUGGACACUUUAGUAGAAGCGCAAAUGUACAGUGAACAAGCAGUAGGACUUUUGAAGGAGGUAAUGGACGCUAACUGCCCUUGGCUAAUGCCUUUUCUGAAUGCUCAUAUUCAGCUGUCAUGGAGAGUUGGAAAAGACAAGAGAGAUUCAGAGGCUGCCUUACAAAAGUUACAAGAGGCUGGGCAUACUACACAAAAUGUUCCCAGUCUGAAAGAAGUUCUCGUUCGAGAGACUGUAAAUCUGAGUGUUUAAGGGAAUAUGAGGGAUUUCUGGAAUGCAAUACUCUCCCAUUUUUGGGAGAUCCUCUGCCAGCUAUCUUCUUUGGAUUGGGUUAAAGGGCAAAAAAAUAAAUACAAUGGUGCUACUACAAACCUUAGGUUGUGAGAACAAGGAUGUUUUUUGGGAUACCCAGUUUAUAAGUCAACCGGUUCUGGUUGCUCAACCAAGUCAUGAAUCCAAGGAAAGUCUUCUAUAGUGCACUUUUUAGGUUUGUAGCCUCUUGCUUGAUGUAGUGAUGUGGACACAAACUCAAGAGAAAAACUAAAUUACUGCAUCACCUGAUC